AUGCCUCUCUCUGUUUACUAUCAGCACCCCGUGCGUCCUAUCGCAGAAUGGGGUAAAGCUCCGCUGGAUAUCUACAUGCUCGCAAACUGGGAUAUUCCCCUUGCUGAAUCCACCAACGAAUCACCCUCCCAUCGCCGGCAUCGGCUCGUCCGCCAGUUCCUAAGCCUAAGUGGAAAUGGCAGAGAGCCAUACUACCGCGGAAAAACCCCAGAUUACAUCCCGCACCCAGGAACCCCCACCCCGGCGCAGAUUGACGAAAUCCUCCGCCCCCUGCGCCCAGAGUGGUUCAGACAUCAGUUACCACUGGACAACGAUGCGGGCAUGUGGGUUCGGACAUGCUACGAUCCCGCACUGGAAGACAAACACCGCGCUCUGUUCGCCAAGGUUACGGAAAAGGGCGCGCUAGGCCACGAAGCCCUUGUCCUUGAUGAUGCGAGCCUCCUCGAAAAUGCAGACCUCGACACAGUGCUAAUGCUGUACCCGGAGCAAGUUACAAACCGCACGGAUUGUAAGAGCUCCCUUUUUCAGUUGAUGGCCAUGACUUGGAUUAUGGAGUUCAGCGAUCUGCUUUUUGCUGAGUCUGAAAAGCUCGCGCCUGAAAUUUACUACGGGGAUGGAAACUACCACGGAUACCCUUACGGGAACGAGAACAGGGACUUGGACGCACUGCACGAGCUCCGAGCCAAGUACCCCAACGACUCCGAAGAAGAAUUCCUGCCGAAAGCCGUCGCUACCUGGUACCGCGGCUACCACGACUCUUGUAUCGUGACGCACGUGUUUGUUGCGGAUCGCGAAGCGCUUGAGACGGGGUAUAUCUCGCUGCUGUUGCUCGAUGAGCACGGAGACAUUGUGCGGGAGCACCGCUUGAACUCGACGAUGGAGCUUCGCUCGGGCUUGAAUUCUUCCGGGAAGAAAGGGUACCGGUAUCAUGUCUGGGAGGUGUUUAGUGAGGAGGUGUUCAGUGAGGGGCGCGUCGGGCCUGCUUAUAUGCCUGGUGAAAAGAAGGGGCCGCCGUAUGGGCCGUAUCCGCCAAACUGGCUGAGGGAGUCGCUUUCGAGGUUACGGGGGAGGGAUCUCACUCCUACGAUCGCUUAUUCAUCGAUAUUCCAGCCACCCGGAAACUUGCUGUCCAAUUCGGAUCUUAAUCUCCUUUCCAAUGAGAUAUUACCGAAGUUGCUGGGCGAGGAAAGCGACCUGGCCGCUCGCUUGAAGGACAAACUCGCCAGCGACCGCUCUGUCGAGCCGACUCUUGCAACACUCAAGGCUGAUCCCGAUGUCGUCAGUCAGGAUCUCGCUAAAGUUGACCUACUCGGAUGGGUCUACUGUCUCAGCGACUCGUCGGCUGUGAUCACAAAAUUCGUCCUGUGCCAUCCGACCGUCACCGAGGCGCUGCUCGCAGAGCCCAGCCCGACACGCCAAGUCCUAGCAGAGUAUACCAUCCGUAUCCCGGCGGCAAGUUACAACGCCCCCCGUGGUGGAGAAUCACCUUGGCUUCGCCUGCGCGAGCAGCUGUUUGCCCAAGAGCCCAUGUCCGUCAUCCGUGGAUUGAUUUCGGCUGGGAAAAUACCAGUACCUGAGGGAUGCAAAGAUCUUGUGCUCUCAAUCCUACAAAUUGCCGCAGAUUCUUUCGGGUUCGACUUUCGCACGGGCUCCCUUCGCGCGCUUCUGGCUACUGGCGAGGAUGGCGCUGAUGCGAUCACCGAUAAACCCCCGGUAGCCGAUGCGCCAUCAGCGCUGCGACAGGACGCCACCCGCUUUUUGUUCAAGUUGCAGCGGUUGCAAGCGUUGGUUAACGAGCCGGAGGACAUUGGUGCGCUGCUUCGAUGCGGAUUUGGCUCGGCUGAAGACAUCGCCAGUAAGAGGGACGAUGCAACCGCCUUGAUAGUCAACAAGGGCGUGCCGCUGGAGCGAGCGGAACGUAUCUACAAUCACUCGCGCUACAUUGUCUCGAGGAGCGACGAUCUUUGGACCAAGGCGCUUGCGCUGCGUGGUACCGGUAGCAACAGGGAUGUCAGAGUUGCUUCUGUGGCACCACUGCAAACCGAACCACUCACUGGAGGCACGGAGAUAAACCUCAGUACCUUGUUUGGCGUUGACGCCAUGGGGUGUGAAGACUGCGCGUCUAUAAUGUCCCCUGCGGCCUUUUUUGCCGACUUGCUGCAAACUUUGAAACUCAACAAUGCUAUCGUUGACGGGAAGGCGAGUGACUCGUCAUUGCUGGAUGAGCUCCUCAAGCGCCGAGCCGAUCUAUCGCAACUCCAGCUCUCGUGCGCCAACACAAACGUACUGGUGCCGUACGUUGACUUGGUCAAUGAGGUGCUGGAAUCGGCAGUAUGGAACAUCGAGAAAGGCACAGAUCAUCAGCCGCAAGUUCCACCAAUUGAUGCAGAGGAAGACGACAAGGACGAAGACUACCUACUUCAGCCGCACAAUACCAAUUUCUCGGUCUACAGCGACAUUGUGCAAGAUUGCAUUGUUCCAGUGCAUGUCUUUCCAUACAACCAGGCUAUUCAUAGCAUCCGGUCAUACCUCACAGCUCUAGGCACAUCGCGAUUGAAACUGCUGUCUGUCUUCCAGUCGCCUUUUCCCAUUACGAAGGACGCAAAAUUGGUUCCCCUAGUACAAGAGGCGCUGGUGCAUGCUCGGUCUGCAGAGGUGCUGAACUUGCAGCAUGAGGACGUUGUGGCAGCUGCCCGGGAAAGCUUCUACUCCAAGGAACUUACCGAGGACCUCAUGGGGAAGAGCCUGAGCGACAGCGAGUAUUAUAAGGUCAUUGGGCGAAAAACGCCCGACAGCAGUUGGUGGGGGUUCGACACUAAUGAUGCUAUGCUGGAGGCACUCCAGAAGAUUAAAGACGUGCUCCUCCCGCUCAGCGGUCUGUCGCUGCAAGAUCUCCUGGCGGUGCUUCGAACUCGUUACUUCGAUAAUCGAUUGACCAUCGCAAUUCAAACAGACGACGGGGGGUUAGCCCCUCCAGCUAGCAAGCUGCUGGGGUCUAUGCGCCUCCACGUGGGGGACGCUAAGCCCCUCGAAUUGUGCGAUUGUGCUAGGCUGCAGGAGUUCAUACGCAUUUGGUACAAAUUGCAGUGGCCGAUUGAGGAGUUAGACGCCGUCAUAUUUACCCUGGCGACCCUAGACGGAAAGCCGUUCAAUGUCACUGGGAAGACAAUCGGACUGCGACUUCUGGACAAUUUGGCUGCGGUGAAGGAGCUGACAGGUCUUCUUAAGCUCUCUGCGACUGACCUUCAGCCUUUCUGGGGGGACAUAAAUACGCAUGGUCCGAACUCGCUCUUCGCCCAGUUAUUUCCCAAGGGGACACUUACUGAUGAGGAGCGUGAGGCCAUAUUCCGGAGGUCCCGUUCUAGUCUCGGUGACGAUCGUCUUUCAGCAGUUUUGAUGGCGCUGGAGAUAUCCGGCGAUGAAUUCAAGGCAAUUACCGAAUUUCUGGGUUUACCCAUACCUGUGGAUCUUUCCUUAGCCAACAUCUCCGCCCUAUAUCGGAUUUCAACCUUGUGCAGGCAGCUAAAGAUCUUGCCCCAGCUUUACGCCUCUUUCCUAAAUCUAUUCCCCGACGGACAAAGCAUAUUCAACGAUCCCCAGACCACGUUGAAGAUAGUGCAAAGAUAUCCGCCCAUGCAAGGAGCAGCUCAGUCCUGGACGCUUGAUCGUCUUUUAUUCUUGAUUAACCGUAUCCCCAGCGCGACUGAUUCGAAAUGUCAACCUAGCGUCCCAAACAACCUACGGAUAGCACAAGCGGUCCGCGCUAGCCUAGAUGACCAGGCCUUGCAUGAUGGAGAACGCAAGCUGUCCGAUGAGAAUGCUUUGCCUGACCUCCUUGAUUCUUUGAUAGACGACCGUGAAGGCAGAAGCGUGGUUCUCGAAUUUAUCCAAAAUUCAGAACUACACGACAUGGACGGCGGCGAAGCAAUGGAGUUCGUGAACCAGCUGUCUGCGAUCCUAGGUAGCGGCACCGCCACGGACCUCUGCAAUAAGAUAUGUGCUGCAGACUCGUCCGAGGCAAGGACUCGGGUCUUUCUGAACGCAUUCCUCCCCGCGCAGUAUAGAGAGAAGCAGUGCCAGGCAGUGCUGAAAUCUUUGCAGCCGUUCUUGCCCAAUCUCAGCCUGGCAUUACUCAAAUUCGCGCUUACCCAGCUGAUCCGGAUACCAAAGGAGACGCUUUUGUUGGCUGAUGAGCCUGGUUCCUCGGAAACCCUUUCGGGAAUGGACGUCCUUCUUCAGCUGGCCCAACCGAGCGACCUCAACCCUGCAGUCACUUCUCGUGGCCGACCGCCCAAAGCAGCGAUUCCCGGAAACAAAUCGUCAACCGGAGAAUUCUCUGCUUAUAUCCGCGCCCCGGCAACUGGAAGGUACUUCAUCUUAUCCGCCGUUGCCAAUCAACCGCAAGGGUGCACUCUGGACGAGGCCACGCUCGAAUUUAAAGAGUGGGCAACGGACCAGGGCCAACAGGGGCCACGCUGGUUUGCUCAAACUAAUCCGCUCGUUGGAGAUCGAUGGUACAGGCUGAGCUACCCUGGGAGCAAGGAAGAUUUGAAAUGGCAAGCUGCAGAGACAGGGGCUAGCAAGCCUGCGGCGUUCGAUCGGAGUCUCCUCAUCGAGGAGCUUCUGGUCCUCCAAUCUGGUCAGGUCAUUGUUGAGCUGAUGCGGGCCUCGAUUGUGGUCGACAGCUUCCGACUGCACGCGUCUGAAGUCGAGUUUGCAGCCGUCUUCCAGGAGCUGAUGGCCAGCCGCGGCGAGCAGAGACUGGACUUCAACGACCUCGGCCUGAAGGACAUCUGGGAUUUGGAUACUUGGCUUGUUCUCCGAGAGGACUUUCUGAACAAUGGUGCGACUCUGUCUCUUGUCGGCCUCUUUGAAUGGCUUUGCUCCCAAAAGGCCCCAAACUCCGAAGAAGAGCAGGCUGUCCUCGGCAAUCUGCUUGCAGACAACAUCUCACAGGCCACCGGAUGGACCAUUGAGAGUUGCAGAGACUACCUGGAAGCAAAGUAUCCCGAAAACGAGCCAUCCGAGAUUGUGGAGUUGUUUCAAGAAGUCAGCGUGCUGGGCGAGAUGCGAGCGGCAAUGCUGUUCAGCAGAGAACUGGGCCUACCCAGCCUUACUCAGAAGGAUCUUUUCACCAUGGCACGGCCCGCCUGGACUUCCAUCGUCGAGAAUGACUUUAAAAACGCGGCUACUCUCCGCUUGGCUAUCCAAAACAAACGCACGCGCAGAAGAUCAAGCGAUGAUCAAGGCAAGAGUGCGCUUAGAGAAGCGAAUGAUCGGAUCCGGACCGGCCAGCGAACGGCGCUCACUCACUGUCUGCUCGGAACUGACUACGCAAAAAAGAACAAUGUCACUGUGCCUGAUGAACUCUAUGGCCACUUUCUGAUCGACGUGCAGAUGGGGCCGGAGCUGGAGACCACACGGCUCAAGCAGGCAAUCACGUCUGUACAGCUGUUUGUACAGCGGUGCACUCUCGGACUUGACAGUGUCCGCCCGGAGAAGCCAGAGAGUCUAGAUCGGUCCAUGUUGGACUACAUCUACCGUUAUCGACUCUGGGAGGCAGAUCGGACGGCAUUCUGGUACCCCGAAAACUGGGUCGACCCCACGCUGCGAGACGACAAGACCGAGCAAUUCCAAGCAUUGGAAUCGAAGAUCAUGCAGAGCAAGCUAGAUGAAAAGACGAUCAACGACAUGAUCAAGGAAUACGUUCAUAGCAUUGAUGACAUCUCGAAUCUCCGUGUUGAGACAUACCACCUUCCCUGGAACGUUUGGAGGGAUGACGCAGGCACAUCACCCCGGACAGCACAUAUAUUCGCACGCACCCGUACCUUACCUCCGAGCUUCUACUAUAGAACGGUAACGAGGCCACCGGAAAGUACCAAACAAUGCGUUUGGACUGCGUGGAGUAAGGUCGGUGCGGAUAUUCCCAGUUGCGAUGUCGAUGCGGAUGGUAACCGGCUGCCAACCUCCGGCUCAUACCUGGUCCCCACGACGUACUCCGGCGAACUGUACGUGUUUUUGCCUGAGAUCACUUCCUCACAAACAUCCCCGGAACCGAAGUCCGAAGACGACAAAACCACAUUCGAAGACUACCGAACAAAGCAUCUUUCCGAGGUACGACCCAUUCGCCACUGGGAGAUACGGAUGAGUUACAUCAAACUAAAGAAUGGCAAAUGGUCUCCGCGCGCAGUGGCUCCCCAGGUCAUUUACGCCGCAAUAGACACAGCCGAGGAUCCCCGCUACCGUUCGGAUGUCACUAACUUCAAGUUUUGGACUGACCCAGAUCAACCCUUGACAGUUAGGGUAGAGCGGGUGAAGUUCGACGGCAGAAUUCUGACAUAUGAUAUCUUGGGCGCGUUCAAGAUCAGGGACCAACAAUUGGUCCUGGUCGAGAAUAGUCAGAACACGUUGGCCAAACCUUUCUUGUGUGGGCCGCCUCUAACGGUCGACGAAGGGCCUGGAAAAGCGUUUGAUCCCUUUGUGACAGACAAAACAGUUUUUCACCGUUACCAGGCGGAGUAUUCUAGUCCAGAGGGCACUUUUGACACGCAUGCCAUGUGGACUGAGGGGGGAUGCAAGGUCGCUUUUUGGGUAUUCGGCGUUGCAACUGGUGCCGGACCGGGUUGCAUUGUGGAGUGGCCAUUGUCAUUCCACCCUUACAUGGCGCCAUUCGAUGAUAAAUAUACUCGUGCAGCGCCAGUCCUGACAGUCGAAGUGUCUUCGCCCGAGUGCAACAGGCAGUACAUCAGGAAGACCCUGGAAUUUCCUGACACUUACGAUGGAGUGCGCCCCGCCCAAGUCUUGAAGUUUUACAAUGUCAUCACUCCGCAGCUGACUGCUGCCGCCAAGGAGGAGGAUGACUUGGAAGGCAUUUUCCAUGUCCUUGAUAACGUCAAGCAUGCCCAGAAUGAUGAUCCGCAUGAGGAUGUCUUUGGGAAAUGGACAGAAAGCAGCGCAACUCACUACAACGAAACCGCCACUCCGUUUGCCAUCUACAGCUGGGAGCUGGGAUACCAUUUGCCGUCUCUUAUCAUUGAGCGCCUGAUGGCUGCCCAGCAGUUUGAUUUGGCGCUCAAGAUAGCCCGAUUGGUCUUCGACCCCAGUAUCGGCGGCGAUGACAUUGGGCGCUGCUGGUCAUUCCCUCCGUUCCGAGAAGACUGUGUUCGUGUGAAUCAACAACAGUCUGUUAAUGCCUGGCUAGAGAGCGGACGGAGUGUCCAUGCCGCCGCCCGAGCAAACCCCGUUGUCUACAUGAAACGGUUUGCGACGAAAUACAUCGAGUUGCUAGUCGCCAUGGGUGAUCAAUACUUUCGACAGGAUACCCUCGAGAGUAUUCCACUGGCUACGCAGAUGUAUGUCGAAGCAUCUCAUGUAUUUGGGCCGCAGCCGGUAGAAGUUCCGCAGUUGGGGAAGCGAGCAGCAAAGACCUUUGAACAGCUCAGCCCACUUGACGCCCAGGGCAACGCAACUGUCGAUAUGGAGCUUGAAUUUCCGUUCUACGUCGAACCAGGGAGUCGCGGGACGGCGGGUAUUCAGAAGGACAGUCAGGCCACCAGUUAUAUCAGGACGACGUACUUCUGUGUGCCUGGGAAUCCAAAUGUGGCUGCGCUCUACAACAGGAUUCAGGACCGCUUGUACAAAAUUCGAAACGGAAUGGAUAUUGACGGCAGAAAGCGCAGCCUUGCCAUCUGGGAGCCCCCUAUCGACUACGGUGCCCUGCAGCGUGCUCUGAGGGGAGGUGCAGAAGGAAUCGCCGGUCUCCUAAGUGACUUAGGUAGCCCGAUGCCGCGGUACAGGUUCAGCUAUCUUAUUCAACUGGCGCUUGAGCUGGUGAGUGAAUUGAAGGACACUGGAGAGAAACUGCUGCAAUUCAAGGAGAAAAGGGAUGCCGAGGCGCUUUCAAGCCUCCAGCUACGGCACCAAAACAUCGUCCUUGAGCUGACCGUGCGAACCGCGCAACUUCGCAGGGGGGAACUCCAGAGAGCAAGAGAGGUGCAACAAGAAGAGCGAGGCGAGGUGGAGAUGCGUCUUCGAUAUUACUUGGCCCUGACAGGCGACAAGAAGGAGGCCCCCCAGCCAGGUGGGACGUGGCAGGAUAUUCCGCAGACAAUCGACAAGCCCGUCAGCGGCGGUGCUAGCAACGAUAAGAUCCCGAUGUCUCCUCACGAGAAAUUGGAAAUUGACCUAGCAGAGCAAGCUACGGACAGCAUCCAGCGAGUGAGCAACACUAAACAAGGAGCCGAGAUUGUACAAGCAGUACCAGACGUCAGCACCAAGGCCCAGCCGUUCGGAGUUGGCGUGGACAUAUCUUUUGGAGGGGCACAGGUGUCGCAUGUGAUGCUUGCCACAGUCCAGUUGGCCGAAAGCGCAAUCGAGCGCCUGACAGCUGAAAGUGCACAAGCAGCCAGGAUCGGGGCGGCCACCCGCAACCUGCAGGAGCGUCGGUUGGAAGCGAAUACGUGCGGGCGAGAGUUGGUUCGACUGGACAAAGAGAUGAAACAGCUGGACGCGCAAGUCAUAACCUGUGAUGCUGAAAUCAAGGCGCAGCAACAGGAAUAUGAGAAUGCGGUCGCACAAUACGAGUGGCUGCAAUCCAAGUACACUGGAGAGGAGCUCUACGCUCUCUUGGAUAAUACCAUGGGCACUCUGUUUCAUCGCACCUAUACGAUGGCAACGGAGAUGUCAAAGAGCGCUCGGCGGGCCAUGUCGUUUGAGCUGGCAUUGCGCUCCGAGACAACCAGUGGCAAUGUCCUUUCCGACUCGAGCACCCCUUCAUCCUCCUACUGGGAGAUUUCACGCGACGGUCAGCUGUCGGGGGAGGCGCUGUACCUUGAUCUUAAGCGGAUGCAGUCAUCCUAUCUGGACGUCCAGACCCACGAUUUCGAGAUUACCAAGGACGUGUCUCUGCGCGACAUCAACCCGCUGCAGCUCUUGACCCUCCACGGAACCGGCGAAGUGGACUUUGAGGUCCCCGAGGUCCUCUUCGACAUGGAUUUCCCCGGUCACUAUUGCCGGCGCAUCGCCUCUGUCGCAGUGUCAAUAACCUGUGCUACCGGGCCCCUGAACUCGGUCACUUGCACGCUGAGCCUUAUGAAACAUAAAUACCGCAUCUCCACCGACGGGACCGACUAUGCGAAGCAGAAAGAGAACGCCUUCAAGACAGACCGUAUCCCGAUAACGUCCGUGGCCAUCAGCAAGGGCAGCCAGGACACAGGCCUCUUCGACUUCCAGGGAACCGGAAGCGACCGCUACGGCCCCUUCGAGGGCGCGGGAGCCAUCUCCACCUGGCGGAUUUCCCUACCAAAGGAGCUCCGCCAAUUCGACUACAGGACCAUCAGCGACGUCGUGCUCCAUCUCAAGUACACGGGCUUUGGUGGCGGCGGCGCCCUAGAGCAAAAUGCCACGAAGGCAGCGACGGAAUGGACGACCCAAGAUCUCGCGAAUGCAGCCCCGACCGCACUCAAGAGGGCGGUUGCGAUUGACCUGAAGACGGAGCGUGACUGGCCUGCAGAUAAAUCGAACGAUCCGAUUACAAUCAACCUUAAGCAUCCCCUGGACCGACUCCCCUUCUGGGCACGCACUGACACCUCUAAAACGGCCAAGGGCGCUGUCCUUCUCACUGAGCCCCCAUCGAACCCACCUACGCUGGCUGGGUCGCCGGCGAGUAGCACCGGGACAGUUGGGGCUUACUCGAGCUAUUCAUUUGACUCGCCGCCAGCGCUGGAGAGUGAAUGGCAGCUUACCAUGACGUUUGAAAAGACGUGUGAGUAUGCUUGGCUUGUGAUUAAUUACUAG